AUGCCUUUUGGUGGGCUAGCAGGUUUGAAGGAACAGGUGCUUAAGCCUGGGAAGGAGGAAGUGAAAAACACAGUGGGGGACUCUCUAGGAAAACUGCAAAGGAAAAUAGAUGGUAGUAAUGUAGAAGAAGAGGACCACAUUGAACUGACAGACGAUGGGCGUCCGGUGGCUUCAGCCCCGCGUCCUGCCCCGCUGCUGGACUGCUACUGUGGGGGUUUGCCCAAGCGCUACAUCAUCGCCAUCCUCAGCGGCCUGGGCUUCUGCAUCUCAUUUGGCAUCCGCUGCAACCUCGGUGUGGCCAUUGUGGAGAUGGUGAACAACAACACCGUCUACAUCAACGGCACUCCUGUGAUGCAGAAAGCUCAGUUUAACUGGGACCCAGAGACAGUGGGGCUGAUCCACGGCUCCUUCUUCUGGGGCUACAUCGUCACUCAGAUCCCCGGUGGUUUCAUCUCCAACAAGCUGUUUGCCAACCGGGUGUUUGGGGCUGCCAUUUUCCUGACGUCCAUUCUCAACAUGUUCAUCCCGUCAGCAGCGCGGGUGCACUACGGUUGUGUCAUGUUUGUUCGCAUCCUGCAAGGCUUAGUGGAGGGUGUCACCUACCCAGCAUGCCAUGGGAUGUGGUCCAAAUGGGCGCCACCUCUUGAACGCAGUCGACUGGCCACAACUUCAUUCUGUGGAUCCUACGCAGGAGCAGUGAUAGCCAUGCCUUUAGCGGGAGUGCUUGUUCAGUACGUCGGCUGGCCUUCAGUCUUCUAUGUCUAUGGUGUUUUUGGGAUGAUAUGGUAUAUCAUGUGGCUGCUUCUGGCAUAUGGAAGUCCUGCUGAACAUCCAACCAUCACAGAUGAGGAGAGGACGUACAUCGAGACCACCAUCGGUGAAACAAUGCGCCAACUGAGUAAGACUGAGAAAUUCAAGACACCGUGGCGUCGUUUCUUUACCUCCAUGCCUGUCUAUGCCAUCAUCGUGGCCAACUUCUGCCGCAGCUGGACCUUCUACCUGCUCCUCAUCAGCCAGCCGGCGUAUUUUGAGGAAGUCUUUGGCUUCCCCAUCAGCAAGGUGGGGAUCCUGUCUGCUGUGCCCCACUUGGUGAUGACUAUUGUAGUUCCUAUCGGAGGACAGCUGGCUGACUAUUUACGCACUAACAAUAUCAUGUCUACCACAAAUGUGAGGAAAAUCAUGAACUGUGGAGGAUUUGGUAUGGAGGCUACUCUUCUGUUGGUAGUGGGGUGUUCUCACACACGCGGAGUCGCCAUCUCCUUCCUAGUUCUUGCUGUAGGGUUCAGUGGAUUCGCCAUCUCAGGUUUUAAUGUCAAUCACUUGGAUAUUGCUCCUCGCUACGCCAGCAUCCUGAUGGGCAUUUCUAACGGGGUGGGAACACUAUCUGGCAUGGUGUGUCCUAUUAUCGUUGGAGCCCUGACUAAAAACAAGACUCGUCUGGAGUGGCAGCAUAUCUUUAUUAUUGCGUCCAUGGUGCAUUACACAGGGGUCAUUUUCUACGCUAUCUUUGCUUCGGGAGAGCUACAGGAAUGGGCCAACCCUGAGAACAUCAGUGAGGAUAAACGUGGCAUUAUUGAUGAGGACGAGCUAGCUGAAGAAUCCGAGCUCAACAUGGAGGACGCAAUUGCUCCAAAAAAGAGUUAUGGGACCACAGACAAUUCAUCUGGUGGAAAACAGGGCUUGAAAAAGAAGAGAGGUGUGACCAUGCAAGAGGAGGAGGAACAUUGUGGGAAUGGCGACUAUCAGGAUCGGUACCAGUGA